CAUGCGCCUCGGUGCGUCUUCCCCAUGCUGGUUCUGUGAAGUCUGCCGCACCUCCACCUGGUCUUUAGGGAUCUCGUGUUUGAGCUCUGUCCAGGCUGUAGCCGCCGCCACGAUGGGCAAAACUGCUGACUCUCUGAGUCAGGGAACCCGAUCCGACCCGGUGCGGAGCUUCAAUCGCUGGAAGAAAAAACACAGCCAUAGGCAGAACCAAAAGAAGCAGUUGAGGAAGCAGCUGAAGAAGCCCGAGUGGCAGGUCGAACGUGAAGGCAUCAGCCGCCUUAUACAGAACUAUGAGAAGAUAAAUGUAAAUGAAAUUACAAGAUUUUCAGAUUUCCCCUUGUCUAAAAAAACAUUGAAAGGUUUGCAAGAAGCCCAGUACCGCUUGGUAACUGAGAUACAGAAGCAGACCAUAGGGUUGGCUUUGCAAGGUAAAGAUGUACUUGGAGCUGCCAAAACUGGAUCUGGCAAGACUUUGGCUUUUCUUGUUCCAGUGUUGGAAGCCUUAUACCGUCUGCAGUGGACCUCAACUGAUGGGCUGGGUGUUCUGAUAAUAUCACCUACACGAGAACUGGCAUAUCAGACCUUUGAGGUUCUCCGAAAAGUAGGAAAGAACCAUGACUUCUCAGCUGGUCUCAUCAUUGGUGGAAAGGAUCUGAAACAUGAAGCUGAGAGGAUCAACAACAUAAAUAUACUCGUUUGCACACCAGGUCGGCUUCUGCAACACAUGGAUGAAACAAUAUGUUUUCAUGCCACCAAUCUCCAAAUGUUAGUUCUUGAUGAAGCAGACAGAAUAUUGGAUAUGGGCUUUGCUGAUACUAUGAAUGCUAUUAUUGAAAAUCUUCCCAAGAAACGUCAGACUUUACUUUUCUCAGCAACACAAACUAAAUCUGUAAAGGACCUUGCUCGCUUGAGCUUGAAAAACCCUGAAUAUGUAUGGGUUCAUGAAAAAGCAAAAUACAGCACCCCUGCUACUUUGGAACAGAACUACAUAGUUUGUGAGCUGCAGCAAAAAAUAAGUGUGCUGUAUUCCUUUUUGAGAAGUCAUCUGAAGAAGAAGAGUAUUGUGUUUUUCUCUAGUUGCAAAGAGGUUCAGUACCUGUACCGAGUUUUCUGUCGGCUUCGCCCUGGUAUUUCUAUCCUUGCUCUCCAUGGUCGACAACAACAGAUGAGAAGAAUGGAAGUCUAUAAUGAAUUUGUCCGCAAGAGAGCUGCAGUACUCUUUGCUACGGAUAUUGCAGCCAGGGGGCUGGAUUUUCCAGCUGUAAAUUGGGUUCUUCAGUUUGAUUGUCCAGAGGAUGCCAACACAUAUAUUCAUAGAGCAGGUAGAACUGCCAGGUACAAAGAGGAUGGUGAAGCCUUAUUAAUUUUGCUUCCCUCAGAAGAAAAAGGGAUGGUGCAGCAACUUCUCCAGAAAAAAGUACCUGUAAAGGAAAUCAAAAUCAAUCCAGAAAAACUUAUAGAUGUACAGAAAAAAUUGGAAUCUUUUUUAGCCCAAGAUCAAGAUUUAAAAGAAAGAGCUCAAAGGUGUUUUGUCUCCUACAUACGUUCAGUAUACCUUAUGAAGGAUAAAGAAGUAUUCGAUGUGAACAAGUUACCUAUUCCUGAAUAUGCACUGUCUCUUGGUCUUGCUGUGGCACCACGGGUAAGAUUUCUUCAGAAAAUGCAGAAACAAUCUACCAAAGAAUUGGUGAAGAGUCAAGACAAUGUGGUAACUGAGCCCAGGGCUCCAUCUCUCACCAAUGAUGAGGUGGAAGAAUUUAGAGCCUAUUUCAAUGAGAAGAUGUCCAUCCUUCAGAAAGGUGGGAAAAGACUACAAGGGACAGAGAAUAGACAGAAUAGUGAUGUUAGUGAAGAGGAGGAGGAGGAGGAGGAGGAGGAGGAGGAGGAGGAGGAGGAUGAAGAAGAAGAAGAAGAAGAAGAAGAAGAAGAAGAAGAAGAAGAAGAAGAAGAAGAAGAAGAAGAAGAAGAAGAAGGAGAAGGAGAAGGAGGAGAAGAAGAAAUGAAAGAGAAACUGGGAAAAGCGAAAGGGUCUCAAACUCAAUCUCAUCCCAACAUGGAGACACAGAAGGUCAAGGAAGUUUCUGUGCGGUUCUUGGACCAAGAUGAUGAGGAAGAAGAUGGACCUGAUAAUGAUUUUCUUACAGUGAAACGGUGCAAUGUGUUUGGGUUGAAUCUUUCAGAGAAUAAAGUGUUACAGAAGAAAGAACCUUCUAAAUCCAGUGUCAAGAAAAAAGUAACCAAAGUGGCAGAAGCAAAAAAAGUAAUGAAGAGAAAUUUUAAAGUGAAUAAGAAAAUAACAUUUACUGAUGAAGGGGAGUUGGUUCAGCAGUGGCCACAGAUGCAGAAAUCCACCAUGAAUGAUAAGGAGGAGGAUGAUGACACUGGUGGUAUCAACUUAGAUAAAGCAAAGGAAAGGCUUCAGGAAGAGGACAAAUUUGACAAAGAAGAAUAUAGGAAGAAAAUUAAGGCAAAGCAUCGGGAGAAGAGACUGAAAGAAAGGGAAGCCAGAAGAGAAGCCAACAAGAGACAAGCAAAGGCCAAAGAGGAAGAGGAAGCUUUUCUGGAUUGGAGUGAUGAUGAUGAUGAUGGAUUUGAUCCGAGCACACUUCCAGAUCCAGAUAAAUACAGAAGCUCUGAAGAAUCAGAUAGUGAAGACAUGGAAAAUAAAAUUAGUGAUACCAAGAAGAAGCAGGAAAUGAAGAAAAGGAACAACAGUGAAGUGGAAGAUGUGGGACCAACAAGUCAUCAUAGAAAGAAGGCCAAGUGGGAAACCUUAGAACCUUUGGAUACAGGCCUGUCUUUAGCAGAGGAUGAAGAGCUGGUGUUACAUCUACUCAAAAAUCAAAGCUAAAUACUUCCCAUGCCUGUCUGCUCUUUGAUACUUCUGGACAUCAUUACGUUGAGAAGAAGUUAGAACACAGUUGACUUUGGGGCCUGUAGAUAUCAUAUGUCCCAUUCCCAAAGGACACAUUCUUCAGACAAAAGCAAUUACAUCUCUGAGCCCCUUCACAAGCCAUGCUUUGCACCAUUACAGAACAUAUUCAGAGUAAGGGUGGGAUAUUUAGUUUCUUGGUCUCAUUUUGCAAUGUGUGCUGUUAAAUUUUAUAGGUGGGUUCCUGCCCCUUCUCACUGAAAUGCUCCUUUGUUUUACUGGCAAGUUCUGGAGCCUUGUUUCAUAGUUGGAAAUUCCUGUAUCGCUAUGCAGAAGUCUCAGUGUAACUUAAAAUGGCUCUUAAUUUUAAGGUAUAUUUCGUAUUUUCAAAGAGAUAGAGUAUGGUGCACCAGCCUUGGAAAAGGAGUAUUUUUUAAUUGAAAUGAUCAUUAAUAAACAUAUUUCCUAUAAAAUAAAGUAUUAAUGUUUUCA